AUGUCGACGUCCCGCGACUUCGCCUCCGAGGCCAGGCAACAGUCGCGCGCCGGGUCCGGCGUCAAGAAGGGCUUCUUCAACGCCGCCCCGAAGAAGGAGGCGGCCGAGAAGGCGUCCGCCGCCGCGGAGGCGCCGCAGAGCCCCGCCGGCGAGAUCUCGCCCGCGGGACCGUCGGCCUCUGCCUCACCCACCAAGGCCCCCGCGUCGUCGCCGCCGCCCGUGCCCCGCGGGCCCGCGGGGCUCGGCAAGGGCCUCGGCAAGGGCCUGCCGCCGCGCAGGGCGGACAAGAAGCCCGCCGCCGCAGCCGCGCCACCGCCAGCUGCGGCGCCAUCCGGCCCCGGCCCCGACGAGGCCGCGGCGGCGGCGGAGGCGCAGGCCCUGGAGCAGCGCUGCGCGGCUGAGGCCGCACGCCAGGCGGCCGCGGAGCGCGAGGCGGCGGAGCGGGCCGCCGCGGCGCAGAAGGAGGCCGCGGAGAGGGCCGCCGCCGAGGAGCGUGCGGCGGCGGAGAGGCUGGCGGCGGAGCGGGCUGCUGCGGAGCAGGCGGCCAGGGAGCAGGCGGAGGCCCAGAGGAGGGCGGCCGAGCAGCGGGCCGCGGAAGAGAAGGCGGCCGCGGAGAAGGCCGCGGCCGAGCAGGCGGCUGCGGAGAAGGCGGCCAAGGAGAAGGCUGCGGCCGAGCAAGCAGCGGCGGAGAAGGCUGCUGCCGAGAAGGCCGCUGCUGAGAAGGCCGCGGCGGAGAAGGCGGCGGCGGAGAAGGCGGCGGCGGAGAAGGCUGCCGCGGAGAAGGCGGCCGCGGAGAAGGCCGCUGCCGAGAAGGCCGCUGCCGAGAAGGCGGCGGCGGAGAAGGCUGCCGCGGAGAAGGCCGCUGCCGAGAAGGCUGCCGCGGAGAAGGCUGCGGCGGAGAAGGCGGCUGCCGAGAAGGCCGCGGCUGCUUCCAAGGAGGCGCCUGCGCAGGACGGCGUUGCGCCGGAGCCGACUGCUGCGCCUGCCGCGGAGUCGGAGCCGGGUCCGUCGGGGUCGAACGGGGCGGCGACGGGCGCGGAUGAGGCUCCGGAGAGCAAGCCGAAGAAGGCGGAGAGCAAGCCGAGUCUGAGCGACGAGGAGAUCGCUGCGCUGGAGGCGGCGGUGACGUGCGCGCCCGACACGGAGAAGAAGACCCCCGCGCAGGAGAAGGCGGAGAAGCUGGCCGCGACGGGGCGCACGCUGCUCGCGCAGGACCCGUCCAGCGCGGCCGCGGAGAAGCACCUCGUGCAGGCCGUGCAGGCCGUCGACAACGGCGCCUGCCCCCCCAUCUCGUCCGGGCACAUCUACGCGCAGCUCGCGGACCUCCGGCGGCGGCGCCAGCAGCUGGAGGAGUCGGUGCGCAUGUGGAUCAAGGCGCGCGCGGCGUUCCUCAAGGCCGGGAAGGAGGGCAAGAAGCCCGCGGCGAGGGCGCAGUACUCGCUCGGGCACACGCUCCACCUGAACGACAACUACGAGCACGCGAUCAAGGAGUACAAGCGCGCGCUGGUGGACACGGAGGCGGCGCACGGCGUGGCGCACCCGUUCUGGCAGGCGGCGCUGUUCGGGCUGAUGGACAGCAUGCACGAGAUGGGCGACUCGGACGAGGCGCUGGCGAUGUGCCGGGAGCGGCUGGCGUGGGGCGAGGGCGAGGUGGCGCGGCUGGUGGCCGAGGGCGCGGACCAGAAGGCGGCGGCGGGGCAGGACCCCGCGGGCGAGGACGAGUCGGAGGAGGAGCUGGCGACCAAGGACUUCAAGGCGGGUCUGCCGGAGUACAACACCUUCGUGAUCUCGAUGAAGAUCCGGCUCGCGUCGGCGCUGAUCGCGCUCGAGAAGGACGGGUGGCGCGAGGAGCUGUACGGCGCGGAGAAGCUCGUGCGCGAGCGCUACACCCCGGGCAACCCCCAGUUCGCCACCACGCUGUCGACGCUCUCGGACUUCUACGUGCUCCAGGCGGUGCGGACGGAGGACGAGGAGCUCCGGAAGCGCGGCGCGGGCGUGCUCGCGGAGUCCGUGGAGGCCUUCCGGCGGAUGGCGGACGAGCGGCGCGUGAUCGACCCCAGCGUGCUGGAGCUGUCGCAGAAGCUGGCGCAGCUGCAGAUCGGGAUGAAGGACUACCCGGGCGCGGCGAAGAGCCUCGAGAACUCGAUCGAGGUGGCCGUGCAGCUCUUCGGGCCGCGCAACCCGGGCGUGGCCACGCUGUACGACAUGCUGGCGUACUGCCGGCAGGAGAUGGGCGACGCGAACGGCGCGCAGCAGGCGCACAAGACCGCGCUGCAGGGGCGCGUGCCGAUGAGCUCCCGGCAGCAGCAGGCCGCCAAGAAGCGGCACGAGCUCAAGGCCAAGCAGGCCAAGAUGCUGCAGCAGCAGCGCGCCAAGAAGUGA